AUGGGUGGUGAUCUCAAUACGAAGAAGAGUUUCCAUCCCGGGCUCCUGAAGAAUCAAGCGCGAGUAUGGGAGGAAGAGCAGAAGGCGCUCGAGGAGCGUAAACGAAUCGAGCAGCGCCGGCAGGAAAUCAAAGAGGAACGCGCUCAGAAGGAGCUCCAAGACAAACUCGAAGCCGCAGGUGGUCGGAAACGACUCGACCGCGUGGACUGGAUGUACCAGAAUGGCCCCAGCGAUGGACAGGGCGGUACGAGCGAAGAACUCGAGGCAUAUCUUCUCGGAAAGCGACGAAUCGACACCAUUCUGAAAGGGAAUGAUCAUCAGAAGCUGGAGAAGCAGGCUGGCCAGGAAAGCUUUAUGGCAUUGCAGAACGCGAAUACCGAGCGCGACACUGCUGCGAAGAUCAGGGAGGACCCGUUACUUGCAAUCAAGAAACAGGAACAGCAAGCAUACGAAUCCAUGAUGCGCGACCCAACCAAAAGGCAGCAGCUGCUUGCAUCAAUGGGGAAAAGCGACGAGAAAUCAGCCAAGAGCAAGGAGGAUCGACAUUCCAGGCGGCAUCGUCAUCACCACAGGCACCGGUCGCACUCGAGAGAACGAGAACACAGACAUCGGAGUCACAGGAGGUCUGACUCAAGAGACAGGGAUGGCUCGAGGGAGCGCCGACGCCCGCAUCGACGAACCGACUCACACGACCGAUCAAGAAGCCCGCGUCUAUCGAGGUCUGAUGAGGAUAAAUACUGGAGGAGGCGGGAUCAUUUAGAAGACAGAACAACGAACGGUCGUACCAAAACAUACGACUCCGCGGACAUAGUCCAACGAGGAAGUCGCGAUAAUUAUGAGAAGAGGCGCUCUGAUUCAGAAGAGGGGGACACUCGAGAUACCCGCAGUCGAAAGCCACGCGAUCCUGAGGACAGAUCAAGAGCGCACGACAGACGACCACAAUACAAUGGCGGUGGUAGACCCAACGACGCGAGGGAAAAUACCAAUAACGGGAGUACUGGCGCAGGUUCAGACACAGCUGUUGCAGACGAGCGAGCGCGGAAACUUGCAGCCAUGCAAUCAGCUGCGUCAGAGCUGGAUCAGGAUCGGGAGAAACGUCUUGCAGCCUUGGAAGAGAAGGAACGACUGGCACGCGAAGCAGAUGAUAAAGUCAGAGCAGGCAAAUACGCUGAAAGGGAGUUUUCGAACGGGCUGCGCAAGAAAAUAUUCAACUGA